AUCACACUGAUCCCACCUACAUCUCUUGAUUAGUCAUCUCUAAGACUUCAUCAUCAGACAGUUGUCACUUUGCCUGCAGUCUUGCGUAGGCUGAGAGAGGAAACUCUUAUGCACCUGCAUAGGUGAGAGGAAGAACUUUUUUUUGUAUGUAAAUAUUUGAAAUCCUUCUCUUCGGGAGUCCACUCCUGUCUGGCAGGUCGCCCUCAGAUGCAAAUAACCCAGGAAGACGACCUUGUUCAGGACUCCUCCUCCACGCCGACCGCAGCUGCUCUCCAGUCCGACCGAGGCGCCGGAUCUCCGGCCAACAUCAUGUGCAGUGAGUGCUACGUGAACCAGACGUUUGUGAACGACGAUGGGACCGUGAGUGAGCACAGACCGCGUUCCUCUGCAGCACCACUUCAGACUAACAGCAGCAGCAGCAGCAGCGGAGUCAUACUGGACAUCUCCGCUCUGAAGAUGGAGCAGCUGGAGAGCGAGGUGCCUCCGCUGCCGCCCCGCUUCCGCUUCAGGGACCUGCUGCUCGGGGACCAGAACUUCCCGAAUGAUGACAGGGUGCAGGUUGAGUUUUACGUGAACGAAAACACCUUCAAGGAACGUCUGAAGCUUUUCUUCAUCAAAAACCAAAGAUCAAGCCUACGGAUUCGUGUGUUUAACUUCUGUCUGAAGCUGCUCACCUGCCUGCUGUACAUCAUCAGAGUGAUGACAGACAGACCCGGGCAGAGCGCCGGCGGCAGCCACAGUGCUGCGCAACAAAACACUCCAAAUGGCAACAACAAAUGCGUCGACUGCUUGUGGAAUGGAUCGGUGCAGGACAGAGAAAUUAACUGGGCAUUGAUCUUCUGGGUGGACAGGAAGGCUCCAGUCUGGGCCAUUCAAGUAAUUGUGGCCAUUAUCAGCUUCCUGGAGACAAUGUUACUCAUGUAUCUGAGCUACAAGGGAAACAUCUGGGAGCAGAUAUUUCAGGUGUCGUUUCUUCUGGAGAUGAUCAACACAGUUCCCUUCAUUAUAACAAUCUUCUGGCCCUCAAUAAGGAACAUCUUCAUUCCCGUGUUUCUCAACUGCUGGCUGGCUAAAUGUGCUUUGGAGAACAUGAUUAACGACGUCCACAGAGCAAUUCAGAGGACGAACUCGGCCAUGUUCAACCAGGUCCUCAUUCUCAUCUGCACCCUGCUCUGCCUUGUCUUCACCGGCACAUGUGGGAUUCAGCAUCUGGAGCGAGCAGGUAAGCACCUCUCCCUCUUCAACUCCUUCUACUUCUGCAUCGUCACCUUCUCCACGGUGGGCUUCGGAGACGUGACUCCCCGCAUAUGGCCCUCCCAGCUGCUGGUGGUCAUCAUGAUCUGCGUCGCCCUAGUGGUGCUUCCUCUCCAGUUCGAGGAGCUGAUCUACUUGUGGAUGGAGAGACAGAAGUCUGGAGGGAACUACAGCCGCCACAGAGCUCAGACGGAGAAACACGUCGUUCUGUGUGUCAGCGCGCUCAAAAUUGACCUGCUCAUGGAUUUUCUUAAUGAGUUUUACGCACACCCCAGACUGCAGGACUACUAUGUGGUGAUCUUGUGCCCAACUGAAAUGGACCUGCAGGUGCGAAGGGUGCUGCAGAUCCCUCUGUGGUCUCAGAGAGUCAUCUAUCUGCAGGGGUCUGUCCUCAAAGAUCAGGACCUUCUGAGAGCUAAAAUGGAUGACGCUGAGGCUUGUUUCAUCCUGAGCAGUCGUAACGAGGUGGAUCGAAUGGCUGCGGAUCAUCAGACCAUCUUGAGAGCUUGGGCUGUGAAAGACUUUGCUCCAAACUGUCCUCUUUAUGUCCAAAUACUUAAACCUGAAAAUAAGUUCCAUGUUAAAUUUGCUGAUCAGGUUGUGUGUGAGGAGGAGUUCAAGUACGCCAUGUUAGCUCUGAACUGCGUGUGCCCCGCCACUUCCACUUUGGUUACGCUCCUGGUGCACACCUCCCGUGGACGAGAAGGACAACAGUCUCCGGAACAGUGGCAGAGGAUGUAUGGAUGUUGCUCCGGCAACGAGGUCUACCACAUUCGGCUGUGUGACAGCAAGUUCUUCGGAGAGUAUAAUGGCAAAAGCUUUACUUACGCCUCUUUUCAUGCUCACAAGAAGUACGGAGUAUGUCUUAUUGGAAUCAAAAGGGAGGAGAACAAGAGCAUCCUGCUGAAUCCUGGUCCGCACCACAUAAUGGCUGCCACAGACACCUGCUACUACAUCAACAUCACCAAAGAGGAGAACUCGGCGUUCAUUUUUAACCAGGAGGAGAGAAAGGGCCGCCCUGCAGGGGGGAUCUAUGACGGGCCUUCACAGCUUCCCGUGCACAGCAUCAUUGCCAGCAUGGGUACUGUUGCCAUAGAUCUGCAGAACACAAGCCCACCCAACAUUUCAGGGGGCAAACUGGUUCCACCGACAGUAAACGGAACAGGAGGGCGGCGGCCGAGCAUCGCUCCAGUUCAGGAAAUAGCCGACUCCGCCUCCAUCCUGCCUUGUGACCUCUUAAGUGACCAAUCGGAGGAUGACGCUAUCUUUACAGAUGAAAAGGGACGCUCACCGACCGAGUAUGUGAAAGGUUAUCCUCCCAACUCUCCGUACAUCGGGAGCUCGCCCACCUUGUGUCAUCUGUUGGCUGAGAAAGCUCCAUUUUGCUGCCUACGACUGGACCAGGGCUGCAUGCACAACAGCUUCGAGGACGCGAAGGCUUAUGGCUUUAAGAACAAGCUCGUCAUCGUGUCUGCCGAGACGGCGGGGAAUGGGCUCUAUAACUUCAUCGUGCCUCUCAGAGCUUAUUACAGACCGAGGAAAGAACUCAACCCUAUUGUCUUGCUGCUGGAUAACCCGCCUGAUAAUCAUUUCCUGGAGGCUAUUUGUUGUUUCCCGAUGGUGUAUUACAUGGCUGGAUCCAUAGACAAUUUGGACAGCCUUCUCCAGUGUGGUAUUAUCUAUGCUGAUAACUUGGUUGUUGUGGAUAAAGAGAGCACAAUGAGCGCUGAAGAGGACUACAUGGCUGAUGCCAAAACUAUAGUGAAUGUGCAGACGAUGUUCAGGUUGUUUCCCAGUCUCAGUAUUAUCACAGAGCUUACUCAUCCAUCCAACAUGAGGUUCAUGCAGUUUAGAGCAAAGGACUGUUAUUCACUGGCUCUCUCCAAGCUGGAGAAGAAAGAGCGUGACAAGGGCUCCAACUUGGCCUUCAUGUUUCGCCUGCCCUUCGCUGCAGGCAGAGUGUUCAGUAUCAGCAUGUUGGAUACUCUUCUCUAUCAGUCUUUUGUAAAGGAUUACAUGAUUCUUAUUGCAAGGCUGCUUCUGGGACUGGACACCACUCCAGGAUCAGGAUACCUCUGUGCUAUGAAAAUAACAGAAGAAGAUCUGUGGAUUGGUUCUUAUGGGAGAUUGUUCCAGAAACUUUGUUCCACUAGUGCUGAAAUUCCUAUCGGGAUCUAUCGCACCGAGUACCACAUUUUUGCAACGUCAGAGUCACAGGUGUCGAUGAGUGUUGAUGACUGUGAGGACACAAAGGACAGGGGGGACGAGUCUCGCAGCAAUGAACAGACGGAGCACCCCCUGCUGAGGAAGAAGAGCAUGCAGUGGGCUCGGCGCCUGAGUAAGAAGAGUGUGAGGUGGCAGGGCGUGAACCGGGACUCCAGCAAAGACCACGCCCAGCGCAUCGCCCAGCAGCGCCUCAACCUCUACCGGCGCUCCGAGAGGGAGGAGCUGUCUGAGCUGGUCCGAAACCGCAUGAGACAUCUGGGUCUCCCCACCUCUGGAUAUGAUGACCUGACAAACCUGACAGCCAGUGACGUCAUGAACAGAGUUAACCUGGGAUAUCUACAAGAUGAGCAGAGUGAUCACCAGAACACGCUGUCCUACGUCCUCAUCAACCCUUCUCCUGACACCAGGCUGGAGAUCAAUGACAUUGUGUACUUGAUCCGUUCCGACCCUCUGGCUCACGUCCCAGAGGAGCCACCCAUCCACAGCAGCAGCCUGAAAGAGCGACGUGAGUCCAGCACCAGGGAGGAUGCCUAGAGAGGACACAUUGCCUUUAAAUCUGGUUCUGUCCAUGCAGGUCCAAUUUGAAAGAAGCUGCAGUUUUUUUUUUCAGUGCUGCAGUCUGUAAAUGUAUUUUGUGAAUUUCUGUGAGUGCCUACCUACUGUCUAAUAACAACAGUUUUUUGUUUGUUUGUGUGUGACAUUUUUAUGUUAUUGCCACAAAUACUGUAAAUAAGACGGACACAUUCAGUUCUUUUUAACUCACAGGAUGCUAACUGAAAGAAUUUCGAUCAGGGUCAUCACACGUGCAAGGCUACCAUCAGUUAAAGGCAAUCUGAUUUAUAAACAACACAUCUGUGAUCACAGGAAUCAUCCUUACUAAAACUGUUUGUUAUUAAAGCCUCUUGAAGUAAAGCUUAACUAUGAAUAUAUCUGUGUUUUAGAAUGCAACUGUUGCACUUUCUAUCGUUUAACUCAAAUUAUCUACAACUCUAAUAAUGAAGAAGGAGGUGCGUUUUGUCCACUGAAACGGAAUGCAAUGGUUUGCACAAUUCAUGAACCCGUAUUUUAUUCCCCAUGGAACAUAGUAAGCAUAUCAUAUGUUUAAGUUAAGAAUUUGUACUAAUUAAAAUAAAAAGGCAAUUUUGAAUAUUAUGACAGCAGCACAUCUCAGAAAUGACAGGACAGAAUUUACCUCAAUGAAACAUCCUGUUUUCAUUUAACAACAGUCUGUAAUAGGUACUAGGUACUGAGGAGACCAGCUGCUGUGCCAGCUUCCCGUGCCAUAGAUGCUAAUGCAUCCCCAUAACAUCAGAGAGGAAAGGCUUUUAAACUGUGUGCUGUUAAUGGGCUGGAUGGUCUUGCUCCUCUGUAGUAUAGAAGACAUAGCAUCUGCGGUCUCCAAAAAGAAUUUCUAAUUUUGAGUCAUCCUACCAUAGUUUUCCAGUUUUCCCUUCAGCAUACAUGUCAACAUGAGCUAGGCUUUCCCACCUACCAGACUGGUGUAGCCUUACUGCACUGGAUGAGACCUCCCCAAAGAUAUUGUAUCUCUGGUCUAAUCUAAUCUUACUUUUACACACUUUUACUGUCGCUGUCUCAUCUUUUUUAGAGAUGUGUUGAUGUCAUCAAAUACAAAAUUACUUUAUUUUUCCCAAAAGUCAAACUAGCAGUUCAUUUGCAGUUGCAGCUGCAUUUGUUUAUUGUACACAAUAUCCCAAAUUUUUUAGAAUUGGAGUUGAAAAAUCAAACAGCCCUAAGUGACCUACAUGAAACUUGUAUUAAAGUGUUUAAAACACACUUUCUGUCCACUUAUCAAAGAGUUCAUCAGUGGCAUCACGGCCCGUGUUAGAAACUAGCAUUCAAACGUGAAUGGUUAUUUACUGUUCGUAGCUCCAGUUCUUUUCUUUAGCUUUAGGUGUUAGCACCAUGAGGGCUCAGUUCAGGAAUUUGUACUGGAUGUGCAAAAUGUUCACUUUUGUGCCAAAAAGAAUUUAUUUGCUUUGCAAUAUAUAUAAAUAAUCAGAAAAGAGUGAAAACUUUUGCUGAUUUGUUUACAGUUGUUGUUGUUUGGGCAAAUCUCAACACUUUUUGCAUUUACUGUAAGUCUGACUUUGUACAAAUGUCAGUGUUGACUAGAUUUGUUCUUGAUAUAGUUUUAUGUGCACAUUUAAGUGCUACAAAUACAGUAUUAUAUUAAAACCGUUUUAAGUGGGUGAAAUGUUUUUGCUUUUGUAUUGUUGAAUUUUUUUGACCAUCUGAACACAAACACAAUAUUAUCAUUGAUAAAGGCAAAUCGUGGGAUAUUUUUCCCUCAUCGUGCUCUCCAAAGUGACAUGUUUCAAAGACAGCCAUUGCUCCAAAUUUAGCAAGAAAACUUACCUAAUUGCAUUUUAUUAUAUCUCUUUAAAAUAAAUAAACAGAAAGUAUAACAGAAAUACAACGCAACAUCUCUUUAACAAUAAACUGCAAAAUAGAGCCUACUUUUUAGUAAACAUAACUUGUACAUUACGUACAAAAAAAUACUAUUCCAAAAUGUACAAAAUGCAGCAAACAAAUAUCAAGUAUAGUGCAGUUUACCCAAACAUCAUUCCAGACAGGAAAAAAAAUGUCUUUCAUCAAGACACUGCUGGGCCACGAAGGCGUCACCAAAUGUUUCCAUCACACCAGAACUCAACGGCAAUGAGUGAGCAGCAAAACAGCUCAGUUGUUGAAUUUCAGUCGAAUGUGAAGUUUGUCCGAAAAGCACUUCCUGUUUGGGAAUAAUAUUAACACAAUUUCCUUCACUUGUAAAAUCAGCACACGUUUUCCCACUGUAACAGCUCAAAACAAAAUGAAAAAAGACAAAAUAAAUACAAAAUAAAGACAAAAA